AUGGGAGGUUGCUUCAGUAAUAGACCCAAAAUUAAAGACAUCUCCUCAACUUGUAAGCAAAGCUCAGCUCGAAUUUCUAAUAGUAAUCUUGCCUCUGCCACUAUGUCCAACCGAUUCACAACUGAAGAGGUUAAAGAUAACUCUCGCCCAGGCUCCGCCAAUAGAAAAGCCCAUAAAAAAGGAGCCCAUGUGAAGAAUAUACAAAGAAAAGCCAGUAUUAUAACAGAAGCGACCACUGCAGCAAUAAAUACUCGAGAUAAAACUCUGGAAGAAAUGAUAGAAAUUAGGGAAGCUUUAAACCAACAUUUCAUUUUUAAUAGUUUACCCGAUGAAGUUAUAGACGUAAUCGUAUCGAUGAUGAAGUUAUUUGUUUUAGAGCCAAAUCAAUUAGUUUAUGCACAGGACCAAAUGGGUUCUCACUUCUUUGUAGUCACAAAAGGAAAGCUAGAAAUAAAGGUAAAAAAUGAACCGAAAGGCGUUAUAACUAAAGGGAUGAGUUUUGGGGAGUUGGCAUUGAUGCACGACUCGAAACGCACUAAUUCAGUCUAUACAAUAGAAAGGACCUUGCUGUGGGGAAUUGAUAGAUAUGAAUUUAGAAAUGCAGUAGCUUCUUAUAACUCACAGAAAUUUGAAGAAAAUAGAAAGUUCAUUGAUUCAGUGCCUUUAUUGCAAAUUUUAACAAAUGCUCAAAAAGAAGCAUUAUUAGCAGUACUGAAAAGCCAAAGCUAUUUCCCAGGGCAAAAGAUUGUGACGGAAGGAGAACCUGGAGAUUUAUUUUAUAUAAUAAAAGAAGGUACAGUAAGCUGCUAUGUCCAAGGAAAAAUUGUGAGGCAAUUAGGCAAAGGCGAUUUUUUUGGUGAGCAAGCUUUGCUUUAUAAUUCAUUAAGAACUGCAACUAUUGUUUCAAAUACAAAGGUUGGGGUUCUUUCUUUGUGUAGAGAAGAUUUAAUCAGUGUGCUUGGAGACCAGCUCCAACUUAUUAUUUAUAAGAACUCUCAAAGAAUCGCUAUAGAAUCUAGUCCGCACUUGAAAGACCUGACAAAAAACCAAGAAGAGGCUGUGAUACAAAAAAUGAAGGUUGUCAGCUACCAAAACGGAGAAAUUAUAAUUAAUAAAGGUAUGCCUAAAGGGCAUAAACUAUGACUUGUGGUAAAAGGGGCAGUAAUUGCUGAAGAAUCCGGCAAAAGAAUUCUGUCCCUGCAUUGUAUAGGUGAUGAGGAAUUAAUUAACCCAAUUCAAAGUAAUUAUGAGGAAAAUUAUAUCGCUGAAGGCUCUGUUGAUAUAGAAGAAAUAUCAAGGGCUGAGUUUGAAACUUGUAUAGGAGGGAAAUUAAACAAUAUAAAAUCUCAUAAUGAAGUGCUAAAAAUUAUGAGGAAUGUACAGCUUUUUAGGGCUUUGCCAACAAACAAGCUUGAAUCUCUAGUAAAUAUGAUUUAUGUGCAAACAUAUGGAGAUAAGCAAGUUAUUUUCCACGAGUUCUCGCUUGGUGAUGCAUUUUACAUCGUCAAAUCAGGCCAAGUCGAUAUUAUUAAAGAUAACACUGUAUUAAGAACUGUUGCUAAGCAUGGCUAUUUUGGAGAAAGAUCUAUAAUUAACAACGAAAAAAGAACAGCCACAGUCGCUGCAAGUGGAAAAGCGAAAGUCUGGGUCCUUAACAGAGAAGAUUUUUUAAAUUUAAUUGACGAAGGAAUAAGACACCAGCUCCUCAAAAGAAUGGAGCUUCAAGAUGAUUCCAUCACCUUACCCGACUUGUCUAUAAUAAAAAUCCUGGGAAAAGGGAUGUUUGGAAAUGUCUUCAUGGCAAUUAACAAAAAUAAAGGCACGUUGUACGCCUUAAAAACUGUGAAUAGAGCAAAAAUAAGAAGCUAUGAUUUAUAUACAAAUUUGUUACUAGAAAGGCAUAUUUUGUUGCAAAUUGACCAUCCUUUUAUCAUGAAGCUUGUAAAAACGUUUAAAGAUGAGGAGCGUGUAUAUUUUUUGACAGAGCUUGUGAGAGGAAAAGACCUAUUUGAUGUGCUCAGGGAAAUGAACUUACUUACUGAUUCUGAUACAAAGUUCUUUUCAUCGUGCAUUUUAAUGAUUCUUGAGCAUAUCCAUGAAAGAGGAAUCAUAUAUAGAGACCUCAAGCCUGAAAAUAUUAUGAUUGAUGAAGAUGGCUAUCCCAAACUUAUCGAUUUUGGAACUGCCAAAGUCGUAGAAGGCAGGACUUAUACGGUGGUCGGAACCCCACAUUAUAUGGCCCCAGAAGUAAUUUUAGGCAAAGGCUAUGGACUUUCCGCUGAUUAUUGAUGCUUGGGAGUUAUGAUAUAUGAGUUUGUAGUUGGCUCCAUGCCUUUUGGUGAUGAAGAAGAAGAGCCAUACGCAGUCUAUGAGCAAGUGCUUAAAGCUAAGUUAAUCUACCCUCAUCAUACAAGAAUUAAUGCAAAAUGCAAAGAAGUUCUUGAAAAGCUACUUGAGAAAAAUCCAGUAAUGAGGGGGACGAUUGAAACUAUUAAAGCAAUGAAGUGGUUUGAAGAUAUAGAUUGGGAUGCCAUGCUUGGCAAACAGAUUAAACCUCCGUAUAUCCCUCGUUUACCUAAUCAGUCAGCUGAACUUAAUCAAGCCAUGAAAUCAAAAGUGUCAUUAACAGCAGUCUUAAAUUUAAACUAAUUACAGGUCGUGGCUUCUGCCUAUUGGUAAGGAGUCACAAAAUAUCCCCUAGGGGAUUCACCCUCUUUAGGAAAUGACAAGGAUAACUUUUUCGAGUUAGACGAUUUACUGGGCGAGUUACGGCUCUUACCACCUUUCCUCUUCUUCGCCAUCUGACCUCAUGAUACCUGUGAAGUAAAGUUCUCUCUCUUCCUCUCCUCGCCUUCAGUGCUGCGUGAGAAGGCUCUGGACUUCUACAGCAUGCUGUUUGGGUUGAAUGAAGGUUGACAGUACAGAAGUCCUAAAAAUCCAAUUUCUGGUGGACUAUCGGCAAAAAGGAAAAAUUCAAAGCCUCGGGCGUAACUCCCAGUUUCGCGCUUGAAAGCUACCCGAAUAGUCUAGGCAUUGCAUUUAGACGCUGCUGGGUUUUUGUAACUCUGAACCCACAUUUCCCUCCAGGUAAAAUCCAAUCCUGAAAGCAGAAUCAGACUAGACUCUGUGGCUUAUCAGAAUUGCUUACCUAGCGUUGCUGUCCAUUUCUGGGUUGCCAAACCUUGCCGAAUAUAAUUAAAAUGUAUUCGAAGGAAGUCGACGUAGCCGACUGCGAAACGUUGAGACACCAUAUUUAAUUAUAUGCCACUAUCAGCAGUCAUUUCCGUAAUUUUUAUGUAGAAAGAAGAAGCUCAGGAUAGUUUUGAAAUUCCAAGAGGCAGAGGAAAACCUCCUCCAACUGCGUGGGAUGAAGUUUUUUAA